GGGUGAGAGAGAGAGAGAGCACCUCCUUCCUCAGGUCUUCUGUGUGUGUGUGUGUGUGUGUGUGUGUGUGUGUGUGUGUGUGUGUGUGUGUGUGUGUGUGUGUGUGUGUGUGUGUGUGUGUGUGUGUGUGUGUGUGUGUGUGAGUAGUAGAACAUGAGGAGAAAAGUCCACACACAUGGACGGCAGGAUGAAGAAGACGAGGAGGAGCGGCUGAUGAAGGUGAUGUUGGUCCUGAUGGAUCCAUAAAAGGUCUGCGAUGCUUGGCGGUGCGGUGCGACCCUGGAACGCAUCGGAGCGCCAGAGCUGGGACGAUCACAACGCGAGCGCGGCGGAGGACGGCCGGCAGGGCGAGGGCGAGGGCGAGCGUCACUACGCCGCCAUGUUGUACUCGCUGCUCAUCCUGGCCAUGGUGUCGGGCAACGUGCUGGUGUGCCUGGCCGUGCUGAGGGAGCGCUCCCUGCAGACCACCACCAACUACCUGGUGGUCAGCCUGGCCGUGGCCGACCUGCUGGUGGCCUCGCUGGUCAUGCCCUGGGCCGUCUACCUGGAGGUGGUGGGCGGAGCCUGGCUUUUUAGCCGCCUGUGCUGUGACAUCUUCGUCACGCUGGAUGUGAUGAUGUGCACCGCCAGCAUCCUCAACCUGUGCGCCAUCAGCAUCGACAGGUACACGGCGGUGGUGAUGCCCGUGUUGUACAACACCACGCAUGGUUCGCGUACCCGAGUGUUGGCGAUGAUCGCCACCGUGUGGGUCCUGGCCUUUGCCGUGUCCUGCCCCCUGCUGUUUGGUUUCAACACUACAGACGACCCCAGGGUCUGCGCCAUCUCCAACCCCGACUUCGUCAUCUACUCGUCCGUGGUGUCCUUUUACCUUCCCUUUGUGGUCACGCUGCUGGUCUACCUGCGCAUUUACGUCUUCCUCCGGACCAGGAGGAAGAGGAUCACCUUCUCGCAGUCCGGAUCCGCCAAAGUACCGCCCACAUCCACGCCCCCCUCCAUGGAGACAUGUCUUCAAGAGGAGACGGCCAAAACCAAACAAGAUUUGUCUCCUAUCAAGAUUAAAGUGCAGUGCGUGGAGUCUUUAGCCCCGCCCAAGUCCCGCCUUCUCUCAGGCUGUCUGUGCUUCAAGCGGCCAAAGACGAGACCCGUGGAGAAGUCGACGCCGCUCCCGAUGACCACGCAGAACUACUGCAGCGCCACCCACGCUUCCUGCCGCCGCACCGAGCCCGACCCGGACCAGGAGCCAGGACACCAAAUGGCGGCGGAGGCGGCCGAGGUGAGGCAAAAGGGGCGGGGUCAGGCGGUCAGGACGAGCUGCGAGGUCAUGGACAUCUCCAACGCCAGCACGCUCACGACUCUGGGCGGAGCCAACAUCAGCAGCAGCAGGUUCAGGAGCAUGCACGCGCGGGAGAAGAAGGCCACGCAGAUGCUGGCCAUCGUGCUCUGCGUGUUUCUCAUCUGCUGGCUGCCCUUCUUCGUCACACACAUCCUCAACACGCACUGCAGGUCAUGUGACGUGUCACCUGGACUCUACAGCGCCUUCACCUGGCUGGGAUACGUCAACAGCGCCCUCAACCCCAUCAUCUACACCACCUUCAACGUGGAGUUCAGACGCGCCUUCAUCAAGAUCCUCAGAUGCUGACACAUGAACACCUGGACACUCUUUACCUUAUAUAUGAUCUCACAUGCUCUCUUACAUGUUAACUUACAUGUGAUCUUACAUGUUAACUUACAUGUUAUAUUAGAAACGCUAAAGACAAAAGUGGCGUGCUUUGCAGAAUGCAGACUUUCUUACCUCCGCCAAAGAGGUUCUGUUUUAAUGUGAAACUUUGCUUUUUCACAAGACCGUGACACACCUUGUGGACUAGAUACACUCCUGUACUUGGUAUCAUUACAGUGGAUGUCAGGUGUAGAUCCAGCCAUAGCAUUUGUUUACAUUCAGCAGUGCUAGCUUGUUGUUAGCUAUAGUAUCCUCCUAUGGUGUGUAGUGACGCAUGUUUAGCUAUUCCUCGUCCUCCAGUGAUCAUUUUACUUGUAAGAAACUUAAUUUAUUUGUCGCCAAGAAGGCCAGAAUUAGUGAUUUAGAAGUAGCUAAAACACUGCCGACUGCGUAUGGAUGUUAGCUGCUAACGGCGUUUUAGUGUUGGAGCUUCACCUUCAUCGUCAGGUUUUGAGUGCCGGUACUAGACUGGCCUGCCUGUAGUCCAGACCUGUUUCCCAUUGAAAAUGUGUCGCAUUAUGAAACUGAAAAUAGCACAACGGAGACCCCGGACUGUUAAACAACUUAAGCUGUACAUCAAGCAAGAAUGGGAAAUAAUUCCACUUCAAAAAUGUGUCUCCUCAGUUCCUAAACCUUUACUUGGUGUUAUUAAAAGGAAAGGCCAUGUAACACACUGGUAAAAAUGCCUUUUUUGCAAUGUGUUGCUGCCAUUACAUUCUAUGUUCAUGACUAUUUGCAAAGGAAAAAAAGGUUGUUUCUCAGUUGCAACGUUAAAUAUCUUGUCUUUGUCGCCUAUUUAAGUGAAUAUAAGUUGAAAACCAUUUGCAAAUCAUUGUAUUCUCUUUUUAUUUAGUAUUUACACAACGUGACAACUUCACUGCUCUUGGGUUU